AUUACAGGAAGAGCCAUCUGAACAGCCAUAUGGUUGUACACACUGGUGAGAAGAAUUUUAAGUGUGGAGAGUGUGGUAAAAGUUAUCCCAGAAAGGGCGAACUGAAGAGCCAUAUGGUUGUACACACUGGUGAGAAGAAUUUUAAGUGUGAAGAGUGUGGUAAAAGUUAUUCCAGAAAGGGCGAUCUGAAGAGCCAUAUGGUUGUACACACUGGUGAGAAGAAUUUUAAGUGUGGAGAGUGUGGUAAAAGUUAUCCCAGAAAGGGCGAUCUGAAGAGCCAUAUGGUUGUACACACUGGUGAGAAGAAUUUUAAGUGUGAAGAGUGUGGUAAAAGUUAUUCCAGAAAGAGCUAUCUGAAGAAGCAUAUGGUUGUACACACUGGUGAGAAGAAUUUUAAGUGUGGAGAGUGUGGUAAAAGUUAUCACAGAAAGGGCGAACUGAAGAGCCAUAUGGUUGUACACACUGGUGAGAAGAAUUUUAAGUGUGAAGAGUGUGGUAAAAGUUAUUCCGUAAAGCGCUAUCUGAAGAAGCAUAUGGUUGUACACACUGGUGAGAAGAAUUUUAAGUGUGGAGAGUGUGGUAAAAGUUAUUUCACAAAAACCCAUCUGAAGAGCCAUAUGGUUGUACACACUGGUGAGAAGAAUUUUAAGUGUGGAGAGUGUGGUAAAAGUUAUCCCAGAAAAGGUGAACUGAAGAGCCAUAUGGUUGUACACACUGGUGAGAAGAAUUUUAAGUGUGAAGUGUGUGGUAAAAGUUUUUCCAGAAAAGGUGAACUGACGAAACAUAUGUCUUUACACACUGGUGAGAAGAAUCUUACAUGAAAGUUGUGGGGAAAGAUCUUACAGAAAAUGAUGUGGAAAACUGUAUGGUCUUGCAUGCUGGUAGGAACUAUUUCAAGUAUAAAUACUGUAAUCGAUUAUAACAUGCUCUUCAAAUUCCUGGGGUUAGGUUCUCAAAAUGGCCACGAAUAACAUUUGCUGACCCUGGGGGAGGGGGCGGUACAUUUAUACUGUACUCAUGUGCAAAGAAAUUUAUAUUUCCUUUAUAUGUUUGCCUUUACGACAAAAACCUGGAACGUCAAUGUGGCAUUUAAAAACUCAUGCACUGUUAAACAAAUGUUAAACAAGAACUCCCCCAACAAGCAUUUAUAAGGUUUCUUGCAAGGAAUGUAAUAUGUUUUACU